CCUUAAUUAUCUUUUUUAUUUGAUAGAGUCCAUUACAAGUGUUUGUUAAAUCCAAGAAAAUUAUGAACUCACCAUUAAAGCUAUAUAAUAGAUUAUUUCGUCGAAAAUGUUCUAUAAUUGGAAUGAUUCACGUGCCGGCUCUCCCAGGAAGUCCCUUAUUUUCUGGUUCCAUUGAUAGAAUUGUGUCUAAAGCUUGUCAAGAAACCGAGAUAUACCUCAAAAAUGAUAUUGACGGGCUGAUAGUUGAGAAUAUGCACGACAUUCCGUACAUACAGUCCAAACAUUUUGGUCCAGAAGUAACAGCUACAUUAACGAGAAUAUGCUCUGAACUAAGAAAAAUCAUUCCCAAUACUACACCAUUUGGAAUUCAGGUUUUAUCAGGUGGGAACAAGGAAGCACUAGCCAUAGCAAAAGCAUGUUCUAUGAACUUCAUUAGAGCCGAGGGAUACGUUUUCAGUCACAUAGGUGAUGAAGGCUUUACAGAUGCAAAUGCGGGAGUGUUACUGAGAUACAGAAAACAAAUAGAAGCAGAAAAUGUUUUGGUAUUCACCGAUAUCAAGAAAAAACACAGUUCACAUGCAAUAACAGGAGAUAUUUCGCUUGUUGACACUGCUAAGGCAGCAGAGUUUUUCCUUUCUGACGGGGUUAUCCUUACAGGAACAGCUACAGGUGAGCCUGCCGAUGCUCAAGAAUUGCAACAACUGAAAAAUAGCACAACGUUGCCAGUACUCGUUGGAUCCGGAAUUACCUAUGAUAACCUGGAGAAUUACACCUCAGCAGAUGGUCUCAUAAUCGGAUCCUACUUCAAAAAAGACGGGCGAUGGUUUAAUGAAGUGGACGAAAACAGGAUAAAAAUGUUUAUGAUGAAAAUUGCAACAAUUAAAAAUUGAUAAAAAUAUAUUCAUAGAAUUUGUUUGACAUACAUCUACAACAUAUAAAAUUUCUAAAUUGAAAGU